AUGCGCCCAUCGUCGACAUGCACAGGCUGCAAGAUCAAGGCGUUGCGAGCCAAGACCAACACGUACAUCAAGACGCCGGUGCGCGGGGAGGAGCCCGUGUUUGUCGUGACGGGCCGCAAGGAAGACGUGGCGGCGGCCAAGAAGGAGAUCCUCAGCGCCGCCGAGCACUUUUCGCAGAUACGAGCGCAGCGGAAGGGCGGCGGGUCGCCCACGACCGGCGUGGGCCUCCCACCUGGCCCGCCUCACAUGCCGGGCCAAAUCACGCGGCCCGUGCGCGUGCCCUACAAGGUCGUCGGCCUCGUCGUCGGCCCCAAGGGCGCCACCAUCAAGCGCAUCCAGAACAACACCAAGACCUACAUCGUGACGCCGUCGCGGGACCGAGAGCCCGUGUUCGAAGUGACGGGCCUGCCCGAGGACGUGGAGCUGGCCCGGAAGGAGAUCGAGAACCACAUCACGUUCCGGACCGGCGGCAUGCCGGACAACGACUUCUCCCCGCUGGCGUCCCCGCUGACGCCCUCGUCGUCGUCGUCGUCGACGUCCUCGUCGUCCUCGGGCCACCACCAGCACAUGAAGUUGUCGUCCACGCUGCUCAUGAGCUACGGCAACAGUCUGGACUCGUCCUUUGCGCCCACUGACCCCAACUCCUCGUGCUCCUCGUCCUCGUCGUCCGGGGGUUCUUCUUCCUUCCUCGACGGCGGCAGUGGCUACUUCAACAACCACCACCACCAACACCACCACCACAACAACCACAACCAGCAUCAAAGCCACCUCCCGAACCAACUGCACCAGCAGCUUCAAAACGGCGGCGGGUGCAGUAACUCGUCGUCGUCGUCCUCGUCGUCGUAUCUCUUCUCGGACGACACGAAUGGCAUCUGGUCGUCGGACGUGGACUCGGGACACGGGAGCAGCAUCGCAGGCAAUGCCGCCAAGAACACCGGCUGGGGAUUGUACCACUCGAACCAGUCACGUGCUGGACUCGGCGGCGGCUUUGGCGGCGGCGGCAGAGGAGGAGGAGGAGGGAAUGGAUUGCGUGCCGUCAUCGCAGGAGGACCAGCUCGUGGCGCCUCUCCGCCGGGCAGUGCGGGUGGGGAUUCUAUCUUGCAUCCGGCUGCCCGGCGGUUCCAUUCCGAACCCCUGGGCUCGACUGGAAGUGGUGUUGGCGGUGGUCUGUUGGAGUUGUCGUCGUGUUCGUCGUCGGGCGCCACGGACAGCAGUGGCGGCUCGCCGUCGCCGCCCUUGUCGGCUGGCACCCUCAGCACGAAGCGGUCCAUUUGCGUCGUCUGCUUCGACUCUCCGGUUCUCGCCGCCCUCGUGCCGUGUGGCCACAACUUGUUCUGCAUGGAGUGUGCGCAGCGCAUCAGUGGCGAGGGCAAGCAGUGUCCCGUGUGCGAGCAGAAUGCCCACCAGGCCAUCCGCAUCAUCUCGAGGACUUGA